CGCCUGCCAAUCCCUAUGAUUGGACAGUAGGUCGGUGAAGACCCGCGCAGCUUGUUUUGGUUUCGAUUCUGCUAUUGUGUUGCGUGUGUCCAAAAUAGAUUUACCGGUCAAAUUCUUGUUUUUCAAAACUUUUGCGACUGUCUUCGUUUUUCUCAUAUGAUGCGGACAAGAAACCGAGGUCAGAAAAGAUCUAUUGUAUCAUCGCUAGGAUUGGGCCCAAAAUAUAGCAAACAUAAAAGUGUUGUUGAUCAUAAGUGCUCUGGUUCAAGACGAGGUCGUACUAGUACCUUAUUUUUACGGAGUCAACCAAGAACUCGUUGGUCAUCCGAAGUUACACGAACUUGUGUGGGGAGCAACCUGGGAAGACCAAAAAUUCGUAAGCGCGGUAGUCGGGGUCUUUGUGGAAGUAGUCGUUUGCCCUGUACGGUACACUUGGAAUCCAAAACUUGCAGUUUUUCAUCUGAUCCUCUAAUGCAUACCGUGUAUGCUACGCGAACAAAAAGUAAAGGUUGUGACGCAUUUUCUUCGAUAAAUAACAGUUCAACUCUGAGAUCUCGUAUAAGCAAAAUAAAAGUGGAAGAUGAGUCCAAGUUUGAUCUGUCGAAACCUAGUGUUGAGGUCGAGCCAAAACUUUACACUAGUAAUCCACCUGGUAGGCCAUUUAGUAGGGGAGUCAAAAGAGGACGUCCACGAUUCUCUAGAGGUCUUCCUCGGUCCAUUUGUGACACCGGAGCUAAUUCGACUAGGCAGUCGGUAGAUUUCAUAGCUAGCGGGACCACUGUCCAAAGUAGCUUCCCCAAGAAAUGUGAUUCUCCAGUACAUAAUACUUCUGUUAUUGACUGUGUAGACCUGGAAAGUAAACCAAAUGGAGGCAGCUACAGAUCUGAUGACAACAGAUCAGACGUUAAAAAAGAAGGUAGUGAAAUUUCUGCUAAUUUAUCCUUACCAACGAAACGACGACGUGGAAGACCUCCUCUUAAGCUGUGUUCUGCACUAUUUCCCAAAACCAGUGCUCCCAUAAAAUCUGAAAGCAAGGAAGUCACUCAAGAUGAAGUCCAGGAGUCAGUUUAUUUCCCUCAGGAUUCACAUCACUUAUAUCCAGAAAUCACUAAAGAACGGAGGUUUCCAAGUAUUGAUCUAGUGCGCACAUCAUGUACAGCUUCACCCUUUCAACUUCGUUUUGGUGCCACUGAUGAUGUUCUCCAAGAAGUAUUAAAUGAAGUAAAUGAAUAUGGUUUUGUAAAGUUACCUGUCAAACGUAUAAGAAAAGGUCGUCAAAAACCUACUACCCCACCUGGCAAGGUAGAUGAAGAUCGAUUUGUAAUGAGCUUCAAUUCUCCUUCUGUUGAAAGGAUUUUUGACUCCAUUUGCAAAGAAGACAGAUUAAAUGAUGACCUCGCUUCAAAAGAUUUAUUUUUAGCAAUGAGUGGCCUCUUGCGCCCAGGUGUUUGUGAAGUAUGGCGCAGACGACGGGAAGAUCGAAGUAAGCAGUUGAGUCGAAAUUUGAUGGGUCGUUUACGUCCUAAUCCUCGUCCACGACGAUACUCUGACAUGAUAUCUCAAAGUAGUCAUCAUUCCCAUAUUGAUGGUCUCAUCUCACUUGAUGGUAUUCACAAUAAUGAAAAAACUCGACAUCAAUCUACACGUUCGACUACUGUGUCAGCAGCGAGGUUGACUGCUGCUAAGAAGCUCAUUCGAGCCAAAUCACAUGUUCAGAGUAGCCUUCAGAUUACUCCUAUUAGGUCUCAAAGUACUGGAUAUGUAGAUGAAUUAUGUCUGGACUCAAGAGCAGCUCGGUCUGCACAUCGUACUGCUAAAAUGAACGUUUCUAUAUCAUCUAGAACUAGUCGCCAUCCAGACGUAAGUCAUCAUAUUGAUUGGAAGUUUUGUUAUGUCUCCUCAAGUAAGCAGAAUGAAGUCACGGGUCUUAGUAACAAUCUUCAGCGUCGCCAACGUCAAGCAAGUUUUACUUCAAAAGUUCGCAUGGAAAAUGUUGGUAACUUUUCACCUAUAAGGUCACUCGAUAAUAGCCCUUGUGAUCUGGAACAGGAUGUUCUGGAAGAUUCUUGUGAUAUUCGCAAAACAGACAUGGGAAACCAAAUACAACUAAAACCAGAAAGCAGGACUCAUCUUCAAAUUAGUAGUUCUAACAAUGCUGAAAGGUUCAAUUUAAAUUACAAUAAGUCCAUACAGUUAUCUGGUGAUCGGCGUCUCGAAAGGCGUCGCAAAAAACGCCGUGCAAUCACGUUCCAGAGAAAGCGUCCAAAUGAACGUUUCUUGACUUCCCAUAGACGGGACAAUUGGUAUUCAGAGAAGACAUAUUUGCGUGACGAUUCUUCUGCAUCAUCUUCAACAUCCAAGUCUGGCAUAGUAGAUGCUUACGGAAGGUCUUUUCGCCAAGCAAGGUGGUACCAUCACCGUCCUCCUAAAAUUGGGCAUUCCGAACGAACAGGAUCAAGUUACUGUUGCCAUAGCGCUUUAGAGUCUCGUUCACCACGAAAGUCAGAGCGUUCAUUAAGUUCUCGGCGCAUCCAUACAAGUUCUAAGUUUAGUAGCCGCCGAAUCGUAUUACCAGAACCCAGUCAUAGUCGUGCGUCUCGUCAUCGCAUCCCUCGACGACCAGACAGGAUGUGCCAACUCACUCUCCUUGAUCGUUUAGUCUUGGGACUAAAUUGUAGUGUGUCGCAAAAUGACGAUGAAAUCCAUAUUAAACAACUUCAUGCAGAGGAAUUGAAUAUUCUUACACAACGUAUGAGCCGUACAGGUUUUUUUAUACAAUCUCUUGCUCUUCGACAAAAUGCUAACAACGAUGCUGAAUAUAACAUUGUCCUUACUUUCUCUUCUGAAAAUGAAGCAGGUAUAAGACGUACACGGUGUCCUAAUUCAUUGUUCCGCUCAAAGUUAGAUUCUCAUGAUAGAGCCUCAGUCUGUCGCUCUUUGUCGGUCUGCGAUCAGAAUGCCUGGAAAAAAGUCAAAAGUCACAAUCGUUCAAGGCGGAUUUCUUGUUUAGCCUCACGUCAUUCGUAUUUAUCACAUUCACGUCAUAUAAAUAAGUCCCAUCAUUAUAAAGAUCCAAGUGGUUUUUCGUUGCUUGUUGGAUAUCAGAGUGAUUCGGGUUUACUAAUUCAUCGCUCAACAAAUUAUGUACGGGAGUUCCAUUCUGAUUGUGAGGAGUCUGGAACACACCGGUAUAAACACUUUGAAAAAUUGAGUGUCAGAAGGAAAACCAGUCAUCAUGUUCUGUAUAAUGCUGAUAGUAAGCCAGGACAUUGCUAUUCUGUUCUCAGACCCCUUGAUAAAGCUUCACUUCAGCAUCUGCAAGUCAGCUCGUCUUCUGGCCCGACUAAGAUAGAAGCUCAUCGCUCUUGCCUACCACUCGAACUUAGCUAUAUAACUGGUAAUACAGACGUACAUAAACGCCCAACAAUCUCGUCUCGCGUUUCAUCAGCGAAGGACGACGAACACAUUGUGACUUCUGAAGAGUCGUCGGCUAUUCAUAUCAGUAACUGUCCAAAUAUUAAUUCAAGUAAUUCCAGUCAUGGAACUUCUAAACGUGAUGCUAACAUUUAUAUUGUUGGUGCCGUUCAAAACCUGCCAUUUCGCCGUCAUAGUCCGCGCAAAGUUAUUCGCAAGGUUUAUACUGGUAGUCUCACCAUACCGAAAAUACUUAAUCGCAAAAGAAUUCCUACUCUACCUACUAAUCCAUUAGGCGGUCCGAGUGUUAGCAUGACAGUUACGUCUACCAAUUCUCUGACGAAUACCUUGGCGACUAAUUCUAUCGUUAGCGCUGUUUCAUGUUCGACAUCAAGCAGUUCAGUUGGCCUAAACUCAUGUGCACCAACCCUUCUUUUCCAUGACGCUCAGUCGGUACCCAUUUAUUCUGCAGCAACUCAACUCAGACGCUUACAAGCUACUGCAACAUCGUUAAGCAUCGUGCAAAAUCCUGUAUCAACUAUUGAGCAAUCAAAAAUAAACGUUCCUCCUUUAGCUGUUGUACCUUCAGUUAUAACUGAUCCACAGACUGUAACCAAAGUAAAGAUGCAGAAUUCCGAUAUCACAGCUACACGUCAUGACGCUCUUGAUCAACCGGAGGCAAGUGCAUCAAUUGAAACUACUAAUCACGAAGAUAUACCUACAGAAUACCUGUCAGGGUCUGUGACUGUCGGACGUGUUACCAAUGAAAAUUACUGUGAACAGAAUAUCUCAAAAGCAAAUCCAGAUGAUGCUAAUGAUUCCAUUACUAAAACGCCGGAAAAUGAAGUGGAUGUAAAAGAUUUCUUGUCAGAUGUGAUUUCUAGUGAAACUGAUAUGAAAAGUUUGGAUCAUGUAAUCACAUCCGGUACGGAUAUGUGCCCUUUAGGUAGCACUCCAUACAACGUAGUCAGUGCUGCCAGUUCAUAUACUUUUGCUGCCGCAAAUUCAAUCAACGAUGAAGAAGCUAUUUUAGGUAUGGAUGAUUCCCAAACACCAGCUACGUCACUUAGUGCAAGUCAACUGCUCAAAUUGAAACGUCUUCAUGAUGAGGUUGGGCGACCAAUUCAACGAAGAGACUCCAAAUCUCCUCGCUGCACUUCUCACACACCAUCACAGGCCCAGUCUCCCAUAUAUCUACCUGCUCGUUCUCAAAAUCAGUCACAAUCACUCGAAUCAGAAGCAAUUGUCACACGGUGCCCACAAACUUCCCAGCUUCAACAAUCUCAGCAGUCCAUUCAAUACACCUCGUCAGUAUUGUCAAACACCUCUGGGCUUAACUCCGAAUUUCGACCAUUCCCCGUGCAUUUAAAUCAAGACCCUGCUCAUAAAAGUAACCCAAAACUUGAAAUAGAUGAUGAUGACGAUGAUGAUAUGGAAGAUUUCGAGCUCAAAAACGUUACGAAAAUGUAUGAACCUUCUGUUGCUACUUCAUUUCAGUCUUCUUCUGUACCGUCUCAUAAGUUAACUUCAAAUCGUUUUUCGAUAACAGCGCCUUAUCUAGUGUACCAACAACUAUAUCUUCAGAACCAGAAGGUCUUCCUUUUAUGAGUGCUCACUACCCUUCAGUAAUGAGAUCACCUCGCAUAAAUUGGCCAAUUGGACGUCCUAUUUUUAAUCCAACACUUGCUGGCAGCUUGAGGUUGCCAUCACAAUGUUUUAAUCCUUUAGCACCUGCUACAGUUCGUUGUUUUACGGAAGCAGACCAAAAUACAGGUAGUCGUAUUUUUGGUCAAGGUCUUUCUACACCGCGAGCGUCAACGAAUGAAAGUGUUGGUGAUCACUUUUUACUGUCAGGCAAACCCUUCAUUUCCUCUUCCAUAUCUCCUAUUUUUUCUGGUUCGGGUGGAAUUCCUAUUAUGACCACUGUCCAAUCCUCUACAAAUGCUUCUGUAUGUUCAGGGCCGCCUAAAAGAACAGUUGUCCACAAGUAUCACUCUUUUAGAAAAAUUUUACCGAAAUCAGAUAGACCAGUCAUGCUUCCGACUGCACCAGGAUUCAGCAUACCUCCAUUCAGUACGAAUACCGCAGCACUAGGUAGAUUUUCAGUAUCCAGUAGUAGUUUUGGCAUGUAUAGACCUGGUCCACUUAGUGCUAAUACUGUUUUACCUUGCGAAGUAACCACUAGCAGAACUUAUAUCAUGGACAUCGGCACAUCAAACCUAACUGAUGAUAGUUCAUCAAUUCCAAUUCGACGCAAUUUGUGUGCUACUUCUUUAGCGCUUGCUAACUCAAACCAGUCAAUAUUAGCGACUAAUCCAGCAUCUCAGUUACUUAAAAGCCUGCUCGAACGUGAUGACUCGCGCUCUGCCACCGGUGUUGUUACAACAUUUGCUGCAGAAAAUAAUUUGUCGUUUUCUAUGUCUACUGUUGUUAGCUCUUCAAGCUCCACUUCUGGAAGUGGGACUCCACUUUGGAAUCAGCCGGCUCAUCAGAGUCGUGGAACAUGGCAACUAGGUAAACGAGCUGUCAGUAGUUCCAACCAUCGCUCUCCUUCAGAUAGCGUAUCUCUCAAAAUAUCUCAGUCUGUUUUCCCUACUUCAUCCAACUCUCAGCCUCACUCCUCUCCGAAUUCAUCAAAUCCCCCACCUAUUCUCCCACCAACUUUACGUUUAACACCAGGACCUACUUCUCGAUUACAACAGCUUCAACAACAUUAUCAACGACAACAAGAGGCUCAAAGACGCUUCGAACAGGAUUCAUUAAGUAAACUAGGUGUUGCAGACAGUGUAUAAACAUAAGCCGUAGUUCACCUUCUCUUGUCGUCCGUAUUAAUACUAAAAAGAAAUGAAAAUAUUUAACUCAUGCUUGUUAAUCUGUAAAAUUGUUUGCCGCAUACACUGUAACUCACGUGUCAUUCCUUGUACACUAUAUCUCCACAAACUGGCAGCAACAACGGCUACUUUUCAGAUGUUUUUUUCUUUCUCCUUCUGGAUUCACAUCAUGGUGUAAAUAUGAUCUAAUAAAUAAUUACGUAUAUUUCAUAACUACGACUAUUAAUAAUCUAUUAAAAAUAUAUUUCUGCAUACAUUAUAGAUAAUUGAAAGUUGUGACUAUGUUUCUAGCAAUUCUACUUGUUAAUUAUUAAUGUGUAAUCUGAAUAUACAUGUAUGUAAUUCAUUCAGUCACAUUGUGAACGUGUAUUUGAUUGGAAGUUUUACCUGUUGAUCCACCUUCUCAUUCAUACAGAGUUCACAUCAAUGCAUUCUAUUUCAUAUUUAAAUAAAUUUUAUUCGUAUAUUUUUUAUUGUUCAGAAUAUUCAGACCAAAACAACAUACAUAGAUACAUAAUCCCAAAUAGUCCCUUCUCUAAUUCAUAGAACCUACGUAAUUUCCAUCUUCUUGGUGAGAUUUUUAACUCUCGCAAACAAAGCCUACAAACUCAACAUGAUAUAUAUAACGAAGUUUCUAUUUUCACUUGUGAUGUCUCUUCGUAAUUAUUUCACCAUUAUUUUCCUUAGCUUCAUGAUGUCGUAAUUGUCUUUUUCCUUAAAAGUAAACGUAUGUGAGAGCUUUAACUAUUGAAUCUUUCCUUUUAAACUACAAUACCACUAUUCAUUUAAUUAGUGAUAUUGUAGACAGCGACUGGUGUGAGAGUGUUAUAUGUGUUCGAUCUAUUUGGUCAUUUAUGUCAUAAUUAUUCAGUUAUAUUUAGAUAGUGAGUAACUAUACUGGAUUCAUUUUUCUCUUGUUUGCUCAACGUCUGAUGAGCUUUGUUUUUUAUUUUCAAAGCCAAGUGGAAACUUGUAAUUAUAAUAUUAAUGUAAAAAUCACAUAAAGUUAUGUUAAUAAUCACACUUACUUGUCAAACCUACCUCGUCUUACUGUUGCGUCUUAUACAAAACGGUAACUCCACAGAUAUAUGGGCGAUGGGCUUAUGGUUGUGUGUCCGAUUUCUAAACACUAGCCAGUAGGUUCGAAUCCCUCUGCCUAUUUUGCUCGGGUGGUAUCACAAACCCUCAUUUGUGGUGUGGUUCAAAGCCAAGCACAGGAAAUGUCUGCUUGAAGGGUUUAAUAAUUGAUGUCUAGUAACAACCAGGCUUAUUUGUGUUGUGGGACUAAAAAGAAAUAUUGAUUGACUCAUACUGGACAGGUUCAGUUGUGAGGACGUCAAUCUUGUUUUCUACAAAAUUUAUCUAUUCUAAUUAAAUUGACUGCGUUCUUCAGCUGGCCACAUUUUAUAUCUGCAGAAGGAUAGGAAAUAAGCUAAAAGACAAGAAGUGAAGAUUAACUAGAAAAAGCAAAUUCAAUUAGAGAGUAUCGAAUAUAUGGUGAUAAAUUGAUCAUGACUUAGUUGAACAUAAAGAACUCACUUGGGUUACUGUACUAUUUCUUGAAUACUGCCUUUUGAAUCAUGAUUACAGUUAUCGCGUAAAUCUUACGAAAUGACAAUUUUUACCCUGCUAAAUAGCUCAUGGACUAAUGUGAUGGAGUAGAUGGUGUUCGGGCUUUGGGUAAAGCAAACUUCCGUCUUUAAAAUCCUAACCAAAGUGGGUAAAAUAGGAUGAAUGAACAAAAAUCAGUGACUUCAUCGUAAUGUCUGAUUUGAUUGGAAGUUUGGGAAAAAGAGUCCUUAUUUGGUUAGUCCCUCAGUGGAGGUAUUAUAAAACUCGAGCCAUGAGACGCAGCUACAGUUGAGUCAGCACGAACUUCUUGCUUUGAAGGCCCGUUGAAGGAUGUGUAUACGCAGGUUUUGCGUUCCCGGAUUAUUUUUAAGAUUUUACAAAAGCUAUUUUCUAGCUGUCACAAGAUUCUUGUUAUUUUAUUUUAAGAUAGAAACAAUCAGUGACCAAAGUGAUUCGAAUUGAGUUAUGUCCAGCUUCCGAAACCCUGGCUAACCUAUCACUCACUUUAUUCAGUAAUCGUGGGUUUUGGUCCUUUAAAACACCUGAGGUUGACUCAAUAUCUAGGCGCUUUUGUCAUCCUCAAAUUCGUUAUGACUUUUCCAAUAUUGUUAUGAGAUGGAGCCCUGAAAUCUAUAUGUUGUGAAAUCAUUUAAUGAAUAGUGCGGAACUGAAGAUUAUCUGGUGUUUGCCGUCCAGUCACUCUAUCGCAAUAAUAAUCUUGCUAACUCCUAACUUUAAUCCCAG